AACCAGUGCCUCAAGUCUGACAUUGAAACGUCGACGCAGUAUGCGGAACAUGUGCUAUUUUCUUUGAUCAUCGACCUUUUUUAUGGAAAUUGAAACAAUUACUAUCGCAUUUAUUGUGCAAUGAAUGGUGAUAGCGAUUUGGGUGGAGGUGAGCUUCAGUGGGCGGAUUGGUUGACCAUUGGAAUUAUGCUGGCCAUAUCGGCAGGCAUCGGUAUUUACUAUCGGUUCUCCGGGGGCAGACAGAAGACCGCUGAGGAGUAUUUUGCAGCUGAUAGAUCAACUGGUGUAUCCAUGAUCGCGAUAGCCAUGAUGGUUGCAUGCUUCUCAGCAAUAUCUCUUCUUGGAACCACCGGUGAAGUUUACAGUAAUGGAGCUAUUUUUAUUGUGUUGUUCUUUGGAAUUUUGACAGGCACGCCGAUCAUCGCUUAUCUCUAUCUUCCAGUUUUUUAUGAACUUAAAACUCUCAGUGUUUUCGAGUAUUUAGAGAAACGAUUUGGCCAGACUGCCCGACUCACUGCCAGCCUAUCAUCCUUCAUUCAGUAUAUUCUGUUCAAUGGAGUUGUCAUAUAUGCGCCUUCAUUGGCAUUGGAAGCAACAACAGGGCUUAAUGGAACAAUGAGUAUUCUCCUCAUCGGUUUUAUCUGCACCUUCUACUCUACCAUUGGCGGCAUCAAGGCUGUCAUCAUUACUGACCUCUUGCAGGCUAUUCUCAUGUUUGCCUGUGCCUAUAGCGUUAUUGGUGUAGCUGCCAGUGAACUCGAUGGCGGAUUGUGGGGUGUGUGGGCUAGUGCGCAGAAUGGGGAGCGACUUAAUUUUAAUCAUUUUGAAUGGGAUCCAACGGUUCGACACAGUUGGAUGUCGCUAUCCAUAGGCGGAAUGUUCUGGUUCCUCAUUAUGUUCGCAACUAGCCAGGUCCAAGUACAGCGUAUGAUGACAGCCAAAUCACUGGGAGCCGCUCGCAAGGCCAUCAUCCUCAACGCUAUCCUGUCAAUUUCUCUGAUGUCCGUUGUAGUAUUCUCAGGCCUCGUCCUUUACGCAUAUUACAAAGACUGUGAUCCGGUUAGAGCCGGUAAAAUAAAAUCCUACGAUAUGAUAAUGCCAUAUUUUGCGAAAGACCGGAUGACGAGGAUACCAGGCCUCACUGGACUCUUCAUAUCGGGAAUAUUCAGUGCAAGUUUGAGCACCGUAUCCGCUAUGCUUAAUUCACUGGCUGCGAUGGCACUCUCGGAUUAUCUCAAACCCCUAUUUCGUAGGUGUGGCACUGAAUUGGAUGACAAUAAAGCAGCUACUUAUGGAAAAAUAAUGGCACUCCUCAUUGGUAUCAUGAGUUUGGGUGUUGCAUUUCUUGCAUCCACAAUGGGUUCUUUACUUCAGGUGGCUGUUGCCAUUAAUGCAGCUAUUGGGGGUCCACUUCUUGGAUUUUUCACCCUUGGAAUGUUCUUUGAAUCGGCUAAUGAAAUCGGAGCUGUUGUUGGAUUAUUAUUAGCAUUGAUGUGCAGUCUGGUUACGGCUUUUUCAGCGAAACCCCUCACUCUGGUUCUACCCAUGUCCAUUGAUAAAUGCAUCAAUGCUACGUUGAUCAGCACAUCACGAACUCCAACGGAUGAUUCCUCCACGUACUUCAUUAUGAAUCGGCUCUCCUAUCUGUGGUAUCCACCACUAGGUUGGAAUAUGGCGGUUACUUUUGGAUCCAUAGCUAGUUUCAUCGUUUCAAAAUGCUCAAAGGUCUCACCACCAAUUUUAGAUCCCAGCCUAUUUACACCAUUUCUUGCAGCCAGGAUUCGUCGACGAAGGGAGAAGGAGGCGGCUGAGGGAAGCCAGGUGUUUGUUCUUGAUACUAAGAGUUUUGAUAGGGAAGCGAUAUGAUCGAUCACUUCCACCGUAAAAUAAGCCCGUCAUAAUUCAUCUCUACAUUUUUAGAAGUUUUUAUCAAAAUUUUUGUAGAGUCCAGUAAGUCUGGUAAUAAUUACGAUAUUGUAUUGAAAAAUUUGGUACCAAGAAAAUUAAAAUAUCAGCAAUAAAAAAAUAGUUCUUCAAAUUUAUGAUUCACCCGAAUAUUGAGGUGCAAAUGUUCAUGAGACAACUGACUAGAAAUUAGUACUUCUGAAUCCCCAUAGAAUUUUUAAUUAGCGAUCACGAAAUUAUUUGAAUUUUGAAUAAAAUUAUUAUAUGGGGA